GUAAAGACCAUAUUUUUUAGUGGCUCAGAGCAAUCCACGCCAACGCCACCGACAUGGCGGCUACCGCGACCGCCACCGCCACCGAGAUGGAGGCCACCGCGACCGUCCCCACCGAGGCCGCCGCCGUCCCGUCUCCAGCCAUCCUGGAGAAAUAUAUGCAUAAAAACCGCUUGCAAGAGUUUUGUGUGCAAACAUAUAAGAAGAUGCCAGUCUACAAGGUUGAGUUUGAGGGUGAAUAUCAUCAACCUAAGUAUAAAUGCACAGUGGAAGUGGGAGGUAAGCAGUUUUCAUCAACUGGUAGUUUCAGUCGCAAGAAGGAAGCAGAGCAGGAUGCUGCAAGAGUGGCUUAUGAGAUCUUGGCAGCAAUUGGAGAGGGUGAUGUUAAAGAGGUGUAUGGGCUUAUUGAUCAGGAUGCGGUGUUCUGCAAAUCAAUUCUCUAUGAAUUUGCUGUCAAGACAAAAACCACUCGUCCCACUUACUCUAUAGUUCGUCUCGAAAAGCCCUUCACCAUGUUUGUUGCUUCUGUGGUGUUUAAUGGGAAUAUCUAUAACGGUGAAUCUGCAUCCAACAAGAAGGACGCGGAGCAGAAUGCAGCUCGUGCUGCGAUCAAGUCAAUCUUAGCUACAGAUAACUCUUGUAUGAUUGGAAUUAUUAGGUCAAAGAAGCAUCUCAUCACUGCCAUCAAAUCUUCUAGAAGCAUCCCAACUACUUUUACUCCUAUAGAGUUUACACGCCCUGUUGCAUAUGCAGCAUAUGGUGAACUAGAUCCUGUAACACCUAUGUCACUAGAUGAAUCUCCGUCAUUAGGUGUUCAAGGACACAGCAUUGUACCAGUAGUUGGGACAUCCGCCAACCCAUCUGCAAAAGCUGUAACUGGUUCAAAGAAGCGCAAGUGCAGAGUUGGAGGAGCAGAGGCCAACGAAACAAUGGUUGCCAAGGAGCAUUAACUUGUCACCCAUCAACACAAGGGUUCAGCUUUGUAGAAAAUACUAAGAGCAUAUGGUUUAUAAUUUGGCCUUUGUUUUGUCUGGAACUUUUCUUGAUUUGGCUCGAUGUUUGAAAUUAUUUGCUGAUGCCUGACAGUUGCACUUCCUUGCAGUUUACUCAAAUUGUUAUUUCCAGUUGCAUGCCAUUGUAAUGUUUUGUGUUGAUGGUAAGCAAAAGGGGAAGGGGACUUCUUUCCUCUAAUAUGCAUUGUAAUGCUUACAUUUUAAGUUAUAAGUACAUAAUGCAAUCUGGCUUUUUCCAUUUUAAAUGUAGUAUUAUGUGGAUCGAAGUUGUACACUUACUCGAUCAAACAGUAGCAGUUUGAGAAAACAUCCGCAAUAGUUUUUGACAUUAUUAUUGCGCCCCCUGAAAGCUGGAAGAAAACAUAUUAUUAGGACAUCGUUAUUGUAAGCAAUGUAUAUUGCGGGGAAUGAUUGGAUUGAUUGAUAGAGGUGCCCAAUGGGUUACAUAUAUAGGCAGGGAACCCUAGAUGGUUUAUAGAAACACCACCAUGAGGGGACCCUGCCGCCAUCUACCAAACACAGGAGGGGGCGGCGCCCCCAGCCAGGGAGGCUGGGCGCCGGCCACCCAAGGCCCAACAGGGCCUGCUAAUCAUAACCCUAAUUGCCUUGCUAACAGUUAUGUUUACCUAGGUAUGAUAAAUCAGUAAUAUUGCUAUGCUAGUAAUUUUUGAUAAAGACACUAUCCUUCUGUUAUGUCCUUUUCUGUAACAGUUCAGGCUGAAAAUGACUGUACAAUAAUGGCAAUUUGUCAAUGGUCCAUGUUAUCUGGACAAUUAUGCACAUGCUCCUAGAGAUUGACUUCACUGUUUUCAAAAGUUAACUUUUCAUCAACUGAACCUCACAAGAACCAAAGCCUUCUUAUGGUGGUCUUAAUUUUUUGCCCUGCCCAUAAGUUCCGCUAAACAAUGCAUAUGCAAGGUCUGUGAAAAAUGAUAUAGCUGUUUUGUCAUGCCUUUCGUGACUUAAGAUGACAAGUGGGUUAGGAAAUAGCUUUAGCAGUUUGAGAACAUAAUCAGUGUGUCCAAUCUGCGGCAACCAUGCAAGUCUUCAAUACAAGGAACAAACUUCAAAUAUUUCUGAAGGUCUUUUAUUGACAAUUGAUAUAAGCAUAUUCCUUGCCAACUACUGUGGAUUUCCAAAGUUACUUUGCAAUCUAGUCAAUAAUCUUAUUCUGUUGGAACUUUGAAAGAGUUAGAUCUACUUGCUUGAAACAUCCAUGUAUUCUUCUACUUCAUUUUUGUUACCUGACUUGUUUGUUUUUGCUAAUAAUGCUGUACUGGUUGCUUGAGGCAUAUUUGCUAUGUUGCUGAUCUAAUUAUAAGUUUAUAAUAACUAGAUGAAAUAUAUUUUCUUAUUUGUUGGUAAAGGCGUAAAACUGUGCUGGUUGUGGUAAGAAAUAUUAGCAAUUAAUCCUCAAUUCCUCAUGGCUGGUUCUGUUUAGUUUUUCUUGGUUCUGUCAAGAAUGUUGCUCUCUUACAACAUGCACUGAGUUUUAAUCAUUGAAUCAUUUGAUAAUCUUGUUUUCCCCUGCAGGUUCACCAAGGCCCACCUUGUUAAUGGUGUGCUUAGAGUUGAUGGAAGUAACUGGCUUGUUCACAUGGUGCAGCAUGGCAUGUGCGUUUCUUCAGUAGGAUAUUUCAACUGAUGUUGGAUUGUUUCCUUCCUAUCGCUCUAUAGAGCUGCAGGGUUAGGGUUAAUCAUCUUUACCAUUGCCAAACUAAACUUCGGCGAUCCUCUUAGGACUUCUACAAGUUAACCAGUUAAACGUGGUGUCCAACUAAUGUCAGCGUUGUCUAUGUAAAUAUGUCCCGUGUCUGAUCAUCAGUGAUCGUUUGUGCUGGGUCUGUACAUGGUAACACAAUGGGGUAUUCUGGGGGCUUUCGGUCCUACUCCCGUGAACAGGUUUUGGCGAUCAGUGAUAUGGGAGAAACCGCCUUGGUACCUUGUGCAGGAUUUGUUGAUCGGAAAACAUAGCCUAUUGCUGCAAUUUUGAAACUUUUCGAGCUUGCCAAAUCAACUAUGUAGCGUGUGUUUGUUUGAGUUUGAAAUUGUAAUUGCAGAAGCAAUUCGCGUCUAGGGUUUUCGGGUGUGCUUUGAUUUUACAGCAGCAUAAGAAAUUGUAUUUGUUUGUAUUCUGUUAGGGCAGGCAUGCAGGAUCAGAAUCGAAACACCUAGAAGCUACAGAUUUUUGAG